ACGAGGGCAACCUCGUCAAAUCAAAAAAAGAAUGACGGCAUCAUCGUCUAAAAAUACAAUUUUCCAGAUAAAAAUAUAUCUAAGGAAAAAACAAAAUUACCCUCGAUUUAUCCCUCUCUUCUAAACGCUUCAAAAUCUUCGUCUCUAAGCUCCCUCUCCAAUUGAAAAUUCAUUUCCAUUUUUGAAAUUUAGCUUUCGAAAUCUCAAAUCUCUCUCUCGCUCUUUUACUCUCCGAACACAACAACCGGAUCUCUCUUCUCUCUGCAAUGUCUAUUGAUUCUGAGUGCAAGAUCCCCUAACUCCGUUCCUCCGUUUGAUCAAAUCCGUUUUGUUUCUCGACUCAGUGAGUCAAACUGCCAUUCCUCGACUUUUUAUACGAAGGGAGCCGAAGAAUGGGGGCGGUGCCUUCGACGCCGCGCCACACCAGCACCACCACCGAAACGGCGGAGUACCUAAUCGGCACCUUCGUCGGCGAGAAAUCGUUUCCUUUGGCUUCCGAUUUCUGGCAGAAGCUUUUGGAACUUCCUCUCACUCUCGGCUGGGCCCCUCACCGUGUUCGCCAGGCUUGCCAGCUCUUCGCACAAAACAACCGCCAUACUAGGCACCUUGCAAAGAUUCUGAUUCACUUGUCAUGGUGUUUACAAGAGGCAAUUCAAACUUCUGGUGCUCCAUCCCCGGUUUAUAUGAAGGCUGUUAAUGCAGUGUACAUUUCAUCUGUGUUUUUGAAGUACAUAAUUGAAAAUUCUCAGAGUGAGACCAUUGGGGAUUUACGUUUGUCUCUUAAUGAAAAUGAACCGGUGCCUAAGGAUUUUGUGGCAGAUCAAAGCAUCGAGAAUCUUGUAAUGUAUAAUGUGCUUACCUUUAUCGGUUCAAUAGAUGUAAGUCCAACUACGUCCCUUCUACAUCAGGAGCUGCUUAACUUCAUGCUUGUUACGAUGUCAACUCAACUUCUUUCUGGACCAUCGCCAGGGCCGAAAGAUGUGAAUCCUUUUAUUGAUGCAGCAAUGUCUCAGGAAAGUUUGCUGGUGUCUCUGGUGGUUCGUAGGUUGCUGCUCAACUAUAUAAUGCGACCUCGUGUUCCCUCAAGCAGUGCUGCUUCUUACUCUAUUUUUUCUGAAGAAAGUCAACCUGGCGUUUUACAAAGAGUUGGCUCUGCUGCUGCAAGCAUUGUAUUGUUGCCAUUCAAUUAUUGGGUCAGUUCAAAUGGUGAAGGCUCUAGAAAUCAACUGGCAGACUGCGGUCUUCAUGUGCUACUUAUUCUUAUUCAUUACCAUAAAUGCGUUGUAAGCGACGAGUCUAUAACAGAUAGAAGUGAUGACAGUGCCACCUCAGAUUCUGUUUCAAAAGUGAAUACAUAUUUUAUUGCCAAUCCCUACAGCAAGGCCUUAGAAAAUGCAAGGGAUAUUGAAUUUGAUCGUCUUGAUGUUGAGGGGAAUGCACAAAAUGGACCAGCCGUGAGAUUACCUUUUGCAUCCCUAUUUGAUACCCUUGGCAUGUGCUUGGCUGAUGAGACUGCUGUCCUUUUACUUUACUCUUUAGUGCAAGGAAACUCUGACUUUUUGGAGUAUGUACUAGUGCGAACCGAUUUGGAUACAUUGUUGAUGCCCAUCUUGGAAACAUUAUAUAAUGCUUCGAGGAGGACAUCAAAUCAGAUAUACAUGUUGCUGAUUAUACUCCUCAUACUUAGUCAAGAUUCUUCAUUCAAUGCAAGUGUUCACAAGAUGAUACUGCCAGGUGUUCCAUGGUAUAAAGAGCACCUCCUUCAUCAGACAUCUCUUGGUUCCCUGAUGGUCAUAAUACUGAUAAGGACAGUACAAUAUAACUUGUCUAAGUUGCGGGAUGUCUAUCUCCAUACUACUUGCCUUGCAACUUUGGCAAAUAUGGCGCCUCAUGUCCAUCGUCUGAGUGCAUAUGCUUCUCAGAGACUUGUCAGCCUUUUUUAUAUGCUUUCACGCAAGUACAACAAAUUGGUAGAGCUAAGAGAUGAUAAACUGCAAACCAAAGCCAUCUCAACAGGGGACGGUCUUGUGGAAGAUAUGUCAGCAGAAUUGCAAAUUUAUACUGACUUCUUGAGAAUCGUCCUUGAAAUAUUAAAUGCAAUUUUGACUUAUGCACUGCCACGGAAUCCUGAGGUAUAUCUUUUAAUAAAGCUAUAUGAGAUUAUUUUUUUUAAGUUCUCACCAACACUUUCGAACAUGGAUCUGAAAAUGAAUGUUUAUGCUUUUGGGCAGGUUGUAUAUGCCAUUAUGCACAGGCAGGAAGUCUUUCAUCCAUUUAAGAACCAUCCUCGCUUUACAGAGCUGCUUGAAAAUAUUUACAAUGUAUUAGAUUUUUUCAACAGUCGAAUGGAUGCCCAGAGGUUGGAUGGUGAAUGGUCCGUAGAAAAAGUUCUCUUGUUCAUAAUUAAUAAUUGUCGAUCUUGGCGAGGUGAAGGGAUGAAGAUGUUUACUCAGUUACACUUCUCAUAUGAACAAGAGAGUCAUCCAGAGGAGUUCUUUAUUCCAUAUGUGUGGCAGCUCCUCCUAUCCCGCUGUGGAUUCAGUUUUAAUGCAAGUGCUAUAAAUUUGUUCCCUGUUGAUCUGCAGGCUGAUAAACAAAUUUACUCUGGAGGAGAACCCAAUGCAAAUCAAAGUGGAGAGUUGAAUGAACACGAAGUUCAGCUCGAUCCAUAGAGGGCAUGAUAUAACUGACGCUUCUUCUAUGCGUGUAUGGUUCUCGGUGUAUUUGUAAAUAUAUAAAAGAAAAUAGCAGAAAAUGUAUUCUUCUCAUUCUUUCUCUGUUUAUAUGUUGGAAACACUGUAGAGGCCUUUUCGAGGUAGAUAUAUUUUUAGAAUCCUUGUAUGAAAUAAGAGAGGAUCGGUGAUUCCAUUUCUAUAAUAUAAUUCUCAGGAAAAAAAGAAAAGAAAAGAAAA